CACCGUUUGAGAUGUGAUUUCUCGUGUUUUAAGCCGAUUUCACGCUAGGUUGUGCUUGUUUGUGAUAUUUCAAGUCCUAGUACGUGAAUGGAGGCUUGGGAGCGAGUUUGGGGUCGAUUUGACGAAGAUCGGGCGCGAGGCAAGUCACAAAGGAGGCCACACGGGCACACCCACAAAUCACACGGCCGUGCAACUCAUAUUUCUGGCCGUGUGAGAUUGUGCGAGAGCAAACACGGCCUGCCCUGACAACACACACGGCCGUGUGAAGAAGUGGCUUGGCCGUGUGACUUUCGCCGAGAGCAAACACGGGCAGAUGGAAGUCACACACGGCCGUGCGACCCUGGCCGUGUGAGAAGCCUGAAAAUCGAACUAAGUGGAACGCAAUGUUUUGACUCACACGGGCAACUGGGUAUGCCACACGGCCGUGUGGCCCUGCCUGUGUGAGUCGGGAUUUCCUGGUUUUAACCUAAUUCUGGGCUGCAAGAGAGAGAAUCGGACUUUUUGAGCAAAAACAGAGCCCUAGAGAGAGAAAGGACAAAGAACACAUCCUAGAAGCCAUCUUGGCGCUGGGUUUCAUCAAAUCAAGCUUGGAGAUCGUCAUAGGAGUGGAAAUCAUCAUCCCAGAGCAGAUUCUUCCCAUCAGUAUGAGUAUGACUGCUUUGUAUCUUGUUUUUCUCUCUCUCUCUCUCUAUGGAGUAGAACCCCUCUCUCACUUGGGGAUGAAGAACCCUAGUUCUAUGUGUUAGGGAUUGAUUGUAAUGACUUGGGAUGAUAUUACUGUUUGAUUUUAAUCGAAUGAUGCAUGUUUAUUGAGUCAAUUGAAGUCUGAUCAACUUUUCCUGAUUCCUGCUGCAAUCUGAGAUAGAUAGAAUCUGAUUAGGUUGUUAGAGUCUCAUCAUUCGAUAGUAGGAGAUUGGCUAUACGAGAGUUAGCCAGUUUACUGCUUUGUACUGGAAUCCAAUUCCAGUAGUGGAGUUCUGUUCUUACUGCUUCAGCUUUCUAUCCCGGUGAAGACUAGUCGUCUGCCGGGUAGUUAGACUGAGAGGGCUUGGUCAGCUUAAGAGAUUCCAAGCUACUGUCGGAUCUUCCGCAGUCUAAUCAACAGUAAAUCAACCCAGGGAAAUACAAUUGAAACCUAACUAAGGAGCUAGGGGGAUUCAUUCCCGAGUGACUCUUACCUGCUUGAGAAAACCGAAUAAUUUCCUGCUUUCUUUCUGCUUUUGCUUUUAAACAACAAUCACAUACUUUAGUUGGCUAGAUAAUAGAGAAUCACUGAGUAAGCAGUAGACCUAGACCCCGGGUUGAUAAUAUAACUUGCCUGUUACUGCAUUCCCGGUCUGCGAUUACACUUGGUCGCAGAUUGGUGUUGUGUUUUACCGUGUCAAGUUUUUGCCGCCGUUGCCGGGGAACCUCUAGGUUAUUGGGGAAACGUGAGAAUUUGUUACUCUAGCUUUUUCUUUAUUGCAUUUUAUCUCUUCCACCUGUGUGCCUUCACGGGUUGCUUCUGCUGAUUGUGUGCAGGUAGUGCAUGACCCGUAGCCAGUCGGGAGAUCUACUACCACUAGACCAGGAGCUUGAACGAACCUGCAGAAACUUCAAGCGGGCUCUAAAGGCGCGACUGGCUGCGGAGGAGGCGCUAGCACAGCUACAGAUCACUGAAGAAGAGGAGAUGGCUGAUCCACAGGGCCAUGCUGUGGUCGAUCCCGAGGAGCAGACCAUGGGAUCCUACUGGAUUGCUAGAGCUGCGGACAUGAGGUCACCCAUUCAGCAUCCUCAUGUCCCAGCCAACAAUUUUGAGGUGAGCACCUCAGUAAUCACCAUGCUGCGCGGUUCAGUGGUGUUCCGUGGUGAAGAGGGGGAGUGCCCUCGUUCACAUCUCAGGCGAUUCCACGAUCUCAUCGAUGGAAUCAAGAUCAAUGGGGUCCCAGCAGAUGCCAUCCAGCUGAGGUACUUCCCAUUCACCUUGGAGGGGCAGGCCAAGGAGUGGCUAGACACUCGACCUCCGGGAUCCAUCACCACGUUCGCCAACCUGGCGGACAAGUUCCUUACCCGCUACCAUCCUCCGUCCAAGACGGCGGACUUGCAGAAGCAGAUUACCCACUUCACCCAGGAUGAAGAUGAGACCAUCCGGGACGCCUGGGAGAGAUACAACAGCCUCUUCCUGAGGUGUCCCAAUCAUGGUUUCAACGAUGCUUUCAAGGUAGGAACCUUCUAUCACGCCCUCUUCCCGGAGGACAAGCAGCUGAUUGAUUCGGUUUGUGGCGGGAACAUGCUGACCAAAACACCACCACAGCUGAGUCAACUCUUUGAGGAGAUGGCGGAGAAUGGGUAUGAUUGGGGCACUGCCAGGAGAUCGAGACGAGCACCAGGACGGGGUGUGCAUGCUGUAGGCACCCAGUCAUCUGAUUUGGUGCAGGUGGUAUCGAAGCUGGUGUCAGCUAUCGAUCGUUCUGGUUUGAUUGCAGGUACAGAACAGCCGCAGGCGAUGCUCUGCCAGUGGUGCGAGAGCACCCAUCACACUGUUGAAGAGUGCCAAGCGAUGAAGGAAUCGACAACACCCCAGGAGCAGGUGAACUUCAUCAACAAUGUUAGGCGCAACGACCCCUACAGCAAUACUUACAAUGAGGGGUGGCGCCAGCAUCCCAACUUCUCCUGGGGUGGGGCAAAUUUCAGAUCACCAGUCCCCCAGGGACCACCGGGCUUCCAGAGGCCACCAUAUCAGCCCAGACAGGGGCAAUUCCAGCAGCAGCAGUCUCUCUACCAGCCCAUGCAGGGGCAUGCUGCUCCAUCACAGCCGCGACCUUUCCAGCAGCCAGGUGCAGCCCCUGCCGCCCCAGUGCAGAAUGAUCAGAUGGCUGAACUGCGGGAAUUGGUGGGUUCUCUCGCCAGUUCUAGUGCUCAAAAAUUUAACACCAUCGAGCAGUUCAUGGAAAAGGCAUCGGGUAAAUUCCUGGCUCUUGAAGCUGGCCAGAGGAACACACAGGCUGUCUUGCAGGAUAUCCAGACCCAGCUGGGGAGUGUGGCUCAAGCAGUGGCACAAAGGGCUCCUGGUACCUUGCCCGGUCAGACCAUUCCUCACCCUCAGAACCCGAAUGAGCACUGCAAUGCCAUCAUGACCAGGAGUGGCAAGAUGACUGUUGAUCCACCUGCUCGGGAACAAGAGAGAGAGGCCCCUGCCUCGGCAUCUCCAGCAGCUGAAGCAGAAGCCGAGAAGGAGGUUGAGGUGUCUUGAUGCUCUAAAACACAACACCUAACAAUGGCCAAGUGUAACCAAUGGAAGGGACUGCAGUAUAGUGGCUCAAGUGAUAAAUAUCGAAUCCACGGGUCUCUAGAGUUACUAUUACUCAGCUUCAGUUUAUUAUUUAGCAAACCAAAUUAAGAUGAAAGAACUAAAACUACUCUAGCAAACUACAGUUAAAGUUAAUCUAAUUACAGGUUGGGAACUCACUUAGGUAUGAUUCCCCCUAGCCACUAGCCAGAUUAAUGAUUGAUGAUCUCUAACCUGUUUCACUUUCAUUCACAAUGCGGAGAAUCCUUGACUAGACCUUGAGUCUCGACUAAAGGAACAAGGCCCUCUUGAGUCAAUUGCCUAGAGGGACGUAUCCUUCUCUAGAACAACUGAUCAAGGCGUUCUGAACUAGACUCCCUCUAUCGAAAGGGGUUCUCAAUCGAUACAAAGCAGUGAAUCAACCCUCGACUAAAGCAAUCGAUCCACUACUAUCAAUCUAUGGUGCUCUAUUGACCUAAUCAGGUAUUCCCUCUCAUAGGAUCAAAGCAGAAUCAAUAAUCUCGACUAAAGCAGAAUUGAAUCAUGAAAACAUGCAUAGAUUGAAUAUGAACUCAAGAUUAUCCAGUCAGAGUACUCAUACAAUCAUCCAAUCAAACAAACAUAGCUAGGGUUCCUCAAAACCUAAGUGAAGGGAAGUUACUCCAUAGAGAAGAGAGAGACUGCAGUAAGAAUCUUCAGAUGAUCAGUCUUCAAGUCCGGGCUUGUUCCUCAAGCUUCCAAGGCGAAGAAAUCCUCCUUCUCUACUCCAAGAAUGCCCUCAAAUCGCCCUCUCUCUCUUUGGUUCGUCCCUUGGGUGUUUGGGAUCCAAAAACCCAGCUGCCCUCUUCUUUGGUUCGGAAUUUGGCUUAAAACCAGGAAAUCCCGACUCGCACGGCCAGGGUGCACGGCCGUGCAUAUCACCAUUCUGGCCGUGCAACUCAAAACGCAGCGUGUCAUUUAGUCGAACUUAGCCCUCUCGCACGGCCAGGGUGCACGGCCGUGCGAGCUUCAGGGGUUGCCCGUGCGUGUCCUCGGCAUAAGGCGCACGGCCAUAUUGCUCACGUGCACGGCCGUGCAGCCUCCCUGGUCUGCCCGUGCAGCUUGCUCAGCCUCUGUUUAAUGCUUCGUUUCUCCCUCGUCCGGACUCCGAAUCAGUCGCCGUUUGAUCCCAGACGCUCGUAGUCUCGUCCUCUUUCGUUUCAUAACAAGCUUGCAUGCUUCUUUGUCCAUAAAGUGAGGUAGAAAUCCAUUCUUCUUCAGGUCAUGCCCGAGUUUCCUCUCUCGAAUCGUCAAUUGAUCUCUGAUUGACUUGAAACUUGCGCCUAUGCUUCACUUUAUGUGCUAGGACCUGAAAUGGGACAAAGGAACACAACCUAGCAUUAAAUAGGCCACAACACACGAAUAUGCCCCUCAAACGGAUAAGAACUAGGGGCGCAAACAUGUGCAAUUACAUCGUUAUCAAACUCCCCCACACUUAACCGUUUGCUUGUCCCCAAACAAACCUAACUCAAACCAAUGCAACUCUCCAGACCUCUAUAGCAACAAACAACCUAGAUCGUAGGUAGAGGACUUCCUAGAUCAUUUAGCAGCUUACGAGGUCAACCGACGCACAAGUCAUCUCAUAGCUUCUUCGGUCAGUCGGCAUCAUGGCAAACAGUGAACAGAGGACAAAUGAAUUGUGGAUGAAGAGAUUCUCAAAAACAAAAGAUCAUGGACUCA